UCUUGGAUUUUCCAGGUAGAUGAAAACUGCAGAGGAUUCCAGAAAAUGGCCUCCUCAGACGAACCCUUGCCAAAAUUCCAUGAAAGAGUUGGAUCGCUUGUUCAACUGAGUAAUGAGAACAGGACAGCUCAAAGAAACCAUCCAGCUCAAGAAUUCAAUAAUGGUGUCGCUAUUAGCAGAGACCCAUUAAAAGAAGACCAAUUAUUUGAAGUCAAAAUAGACAAAAAGGUGAAUUCAUGGAGUGGAUCUAUAGAAAUUGGAGUGACUACCUGUGAUCCAAAUAACCUGAAUUUUCCCAUUAGUGCAACAGGUUUCAGAGAGGGCACAUGGGUUAUGUCUGGCAGUUCUAUACUUAAGGAUGGACAUUCUAUAACGGAGGAGUAUGGUGCAGAUUUAGACCAGUUAUCAGAGGGUGACACAGUUGGCGUUAUGGUGAACUGGAAGAGAGAGUUAAGAUUCUUUGUAAAUGGUGUUGAUCAAGGAAUAGCUGCUUCAGACAUAAAUUCUAAAGUUUAUGCUGUUGUAGACAUGUAUGGAAAAUGUGCCCAGGUUUCUAUAAUUAGACCCGGCUCUGUACAUAGAACAGAUAAUAAUAUCACCUCCAAUGAUGUUGCCAGUCAGAUAGCCAAUGAAUUCCUGACACAAUUAUCCAAUCAGAUUGUCAAUGAUUUAACAAGAAGUGCAGAUAUUUUAUCAACAUCCAAUACUUCCAAUGCAGAAACUUCACCUUCAAAUGAUAUGUUGACAUUCCAUCAAAAGUGUGGUAGUCUUAUUAAAUUAACCAAUGAAAUGAGAACAGCAGAGAGAAAACGCCCCCUAGAUGAGUUUAAUAAUGGAGUUGUCAUGACAAACAGACCUUUGAAAAAUGAUGAAAUGUUUGAAAUUCGUUUGGAUAUUUUGGUAGAUAAGUGGUCAGGAUCUAUAGAGGUUGGAAUUACAACACAUAAUCCUGGUACCUUGGACAUUCCAGCAACUAUGACAAAUAUGAGAUCUGGUACUAUUAUGAUGAGUGGUUGCGGGAUUCUAACAAAUGGGAAAGGUACAAGGAGAGAGUAUGGACAAUAUAACUUGGAUGAAUUGGCCGAGGGAGAUAGAAUCGGUUUGAUGAGGAAAUCUAAUGGUCAGUUACAUUAUUACAUCAAUGGUCAGGACCAAGGUGUGGCCUCUAACGAGACCCCACAGACUAUAUGGGGUGUGGUUGAUCUCUAUGGGAUGGCUGUCAAAGUAACCAUUCUGGAUAGAAAUGAUCCUAACUACCCUAACAACAUACAAAACACAGUUACAAGGAAUAACGUCUUUAGACAUUUUCCUGAUCUGUAUGAUGAAGAAGCAUUGGAAGUUACUAAUAUUGAUGAAGAUGAAUCUGACAGGCUACUAUUUCAUACAUCCUGUGGGUCACAUGCUACUGUUAUGAGUGGACAAAGAACAGCUCUCAGACCAAAUGCAAUGGAUGAUUUCAACAAUGGGGUUGUACUUACAACCAGAACACUGAAACCAGAUGAACUAUUUGAGGUCAGACUUGAUAAAAUGAUAGACAAAUGGGCCGGGUCAGUAGAGAUAGGGGUAACAUUACAUUGUGCUGAGGAGCUUGAGUUCCCAUCCACAAUGACAAAUAUCAGAUCUGGGACCUGGAUGAUGACAGGGAACGGAGUGAUGCAUAAUGGGACAACUGUUAUUGAUGAAUAUGGACAGAACCUUGAUCGCUUAAAGGCAGGAGAUAGGGUAGGAGUCAGGAGAAGAGCUGAUGGGACUUUGAAUUUCUAUGUAAAUGGUAUAGAUCAGGGUCAAGCUGCCACUAAUGUUCCAGAGAAUGUUUUUGGUGUGGUAGAUUUGUAUGGACAAGCUGCACAGGCCACAAUUAUAGACCGAUAUGAUAGCCUUAGUUCUCCAGAUGCAGAGUCUAGUAGUAUGGUUGAGACAGAAGAAUUACGGUUUCAUCAAGUCCAUGGACAGAAUGCUGUUAUUGUCAACAAUGGCAGAACUGCUACACGUCCUAAUGCCACUGGAGAAUUUAAUGAUGCCAUCAUCAUGAGUAACAGACCAUUGAAGGAUAAUGAACUGUUUGAAAUCAUUAUUGAAAAGAUGGUGGAUCGUUGGUCCGGGUCCAUUGAGGCUGGAGUAACAGCCAUCAAGCCAGAAGAUUUAGAAUUUCCUAACACCAUGACAGAUAUAGAUUAUGAUACCUGGAUGUUAAGUGGAUCUGCCAUCAUGCAGGAUGGUACUACUAUAAGAAAUGGUUAUCCUUUAGAUUUAGAUUUAGUUACUGUGGGGUGUCGUCUAGGGAUGAUGAGGUGUUCUGAUGGGACACUACACUUUUAUUAUAAUGGAAGAGACCAGGGAGUGGCCUGUUCAGAUAUUUCUUCAGGUGUAUUUGCAGUCAUAGAUUUAUAUGGACAGUGUAGCCAAGUGUCUAUUACAAGUGGUUCUGGAAUCCUUCCUACAGAUAAUAAUUUAUUACAAAAUAGUACAGAUGUGUCUAUAAUAUCACCAUCAGAUGUCACACACAAGUUUAGCCAGUGUUGCGGGAAGAAUAUUUCCAUAAAAAAUAAUGGUUCCUCUGCCUGUAGAACCAGAAAUUUUAACCAUGGUCUUGUAUUUAGUUCUGAUCCACUGAAAAGAGAUGAACUUUUUGAGAUAAGAAUAGAAACACUAUCCAAAGUAUGGUCAGGAUCGUUACACAUUGGACUUACCAGUUCAGCUAUAUCAGACUCUACUCCACAGUCCUUGGUCCCAACUAGAGCUACAGAACUCAUCUCUAAACCAACUUGGGUAGUACUGGGCUCAGAGGUCAAGAAAUGUGGUUCAUUGAUUAAGGAAAAUUACACUCCAUCUUUAUAUAGACUAGAGAUAGGAAACAGAGUUGGGGUGAAGAGAUGUGCUGACGGAACCAUGCAUGUAUAUAUCAAUGGAGAAGAUAUGGGCAUUGCUGCUUCUAACAUUCCUAAGAAUGUGUUUGCUGUGAUAGACUUAUAUGGAUCUGUAGAAUCAAUAUCUGUGAUUAGUAAUUCAGGAGGAGAUAAUCCAAUGCUUGCCAGCCAGGUGUCAACAGUGUCUGAACUUGUAGAGAUUGACAAAGAUCAGGAUCAAGAUACAUCCAGUGAUGUUAGUUUCCAUGGUAACCAUGGCAAGAAUAUUAUACUGUCAGCGGGAAACUGUACAGCAUGUAGAACAGGCAGUUAUAAUCAAGCUGUUAUAGUUACUAGUUGUCGUCUCAAGAGAAAUAAGUUAUUCCAGAUAAAAGUAGAUAAAUUAAAUCCGUGUUGGAGUUGCUCACUAGUUGUUGGUGUGUUGGGAUUCACACCAGACAGAUUUAACUUUCCAGUAUCUGCCAUUGGUAUUAAAAAGUCCUGUAUAGUAGUACAAGCAGAUUCAGUUUACAGUUGUGGUGUAAAGGUGAAAUCAAAGUACGGACCAAAUCUAGAUCAGUUAAAAAUAGGCCAAACUGUUGGCUUAUUAAUUGAUAAUGAUUUCUGUUUACACAUAUAUAUAGAUAAUAUGGACCAAGGUGUAGCAGCCAGGGAUAUUCCCUAUCCAUGUUAUGGAAUAAUAGAUCUAUAUGGUCAAUGUGAACAGGUUUCUGUCGUACCAACUGAACGUGUAUCACCAGUACCUAUGUGUAUAGCAGAGGACAGAGAAAAAGCAGAUUUCGAUGAAGUGGUCAAGGAGAAAUCAGGAAGGAUAAACAUUGUAGAACCAAACUUAGUCCGGAACUGUGAACACCAGAACGUGUGUUCUAGGAUAAAAUUACUGUUAGGAAUUCCUGAUGGAUAUUUUGACCCUUCCAUGAAUAUUUGUUACUGUGAUGUCUGUCACAAACUUAGAUCUGAUGAAAUGUACCAUUGUAGAGGUGAUCCGCCAAAAGAAUUUGCUCUUCCUUCCUCUUGGUGUAAAUUCUCUUUCAAAUUACCAAAUAAAGCUCACACAUUAAAUGUGCAGGACAAAUGGCACUCAGCGUAUUAUGGAACACGGAUGGAUUUGUUACGGAGAAUUGUAGAUACUGGUGAUUUACAUGUAUCAGGUAGGCACUCAGCAUAUUAUGGAACACGGAUGGAUUUGUUAAGGAGAAUUGUAGAUACUGGUGAUUUACAUGUAUCAGGAAGUGAGAGUGGAUCAUGUAGUAUUUUAACGUCAUCUAUAACAAAAUACACGGAGAAAUCACGACCAGAAACAUGUGGUCUGAAGCCAGUGUAUUUGUCUCCAACUAUUAAAUAUGCUGGAUGUAAUGAAUUCAGUCCUAAAUACAAAUUAACAGAUCCAAAGACAAAAAAGACCUACUGUGUUAGAAUAGGAUUACAAGUGUGGUUAAAACCAGGGUCCUAUAAAGUUGGACCUCAGUCUUUAGGCUUUGAUGAACAAAUAGACCCUAAAUUUAAAAACAAUGAACUAGAAUGGUCAACAAAAGAACGAGGGUCCAUUAUGUUACAGUCUUUGUUAAUUAAGAUUGAAUGAAAAAUGUUUGUUUUGUUUACAAAAGUGAAGGGUCGAUCAUGUAACAGCCAUUGUAAAUCAAAUAUAAUGAAGACUGAUCAUUAUAAACAAAGCUCCAUCAUAUAAUGAUCCUUAAAAAAAACUGUUCUAUUAUCAAACAGUCAUUGUUAAUCAAAUGUUAUGAAGACUGAUCCUUAAAAAACCAGUUCCAUCAUCAAGCAGCCAUUGUUAGUCGAAUGUUAUGAAGACUGAUCCUUAAAAAACCAGUUCCAUCAUCAAGCAGCCAUUGUUGGUCAAAUGUUAUGAAGACUGAUCCUUAAAAAAAAAUAGUUCCAUCAUCAAGCAGCCAUUGUUUAUCAAAUGUAAUGCGGUGUGAAAAAGGAUUUACUAUCUAACAGUCUUUAUAUAUUCAGGUUGAAUGAAGAAUUGUUAAGCAUACUUGAAACAGGAUUUCAAAUUGAGUAUCGUUCUGAGCAUGCAUGAAAUAUUUGCCACUGGACAAUAAGCAACCAACAAUCUAUCAAUUAAAUUGAGUUAAAGAAGAGAUAAAUAGCCUAAGGGCAUCAUGUUUUCAAGUCUGUUUGUCCAUCCUUUCCAUAUCAGGUUACACUUUUGCUUUAAGAUAGUAUAUAUUACCAGGAGUUUGUUGUCAAAUUAACUUGAAUGUUUAUACUUAACUUUUUAAAAUAUAUGCGAAAUUAAGAGUUUUGACACUGAUUUGCAGUUCAUCAAAUUUGAGGAAUUAUUUUGGUUUAAGAUAAUUUCCAUGAAUUUGUGGUCACAAAUCUCAACCAGAGACCAUAUGACACAGAAGUAAACAACUAUAGUUCACCGUACAACCUUCAACAAUGAGCAAAACUCAUACCGCAUAGUAAGCUAUAAAAGGCCCCUAUAUGACAAAUGUAAAACGAUUCAAGAAAACUAACAGCCUGAAUUUGAUGUGAAAUUUAUAAAUGUAUUCCAAAUUAGGGGUUUGACCAAGAUUUCACAGUUCACUGAACAUGGAAAUGUGAUAUUGCGAGCAGGGCAUGGUUUCCUAUGGACAUAUUUCUUGAUUUAAAAUUUGAACAAAUCAGCAAUAUUUUUAAAAGUCCUUUGAACAAUUCAUCAAAGUCCACCAUUCCUUAUUAUUCAUGACAAAAGCAGAAAAUGACAAAGGUAGAUAACUCCAUGGUAAUUUCAACAGACAUGUCACAUGACAGAAGCAGAAAUGACCAUGGAAGAUAACUCCAUGGUAAUUCAACAAACAUGUCACAUGACAGAAUCAGAAAUGACAAAGGUAGAUAACUCCAUGGUAAUUCAACUUACAUGUCACAUGACAAAGCAGAGAUAACUCCAGGGUAAUUUCAACAGACAUGUUAAUGUCUGUACAACAAAAUAUUUCUUAGAUCCCUUAAUAACAGGCUAUGUUACUGCCUCCUACAUAAAUACCAUAACUCAUAUGUUUUUUAACUUAUCCACAUGUAACAUUUAUUAUUAAAAUGGUAUUUUCAAUUAUGUUUUGUAUCAUGUUAGUUCAGAAUUCUUAUGGUGAACAUUCCAAGGACGCAUUCUUAUGUGUAACUUGGUAUAGUGACCAUUUCAAGGACGUAUUCUUACGUGUAACUUGGUAUAGUGACCAUUUCAAGGACGCAUUCUAACAUUUUAAGGACACAUGUCAUGUUAAAUGAUCAUAGCUUUUUACAAGUUACAAUAAUUUAUUUCCUAUUGUUAUAAUUGUUUGUGUAAAUUAUAUGUUGCUUAAUGAUUAAAUGUGAUAACAAG